UCCUAGACACAGGCGCACAGUGACUCUUCUCUUUAUAUCAAACAACAGUCAUUCAUUUACCCCAGUUUGUUUUAGCUGUUACUGCAACAUCCACAAAGACAGAAGCAUCUCCCACUUCAGUUGUUAUAGUGCUGUUCAGUCGAUGUCAAAAAGCGUGCCGGGUAGUAGAUAUUAGACCAAGAAGAAACACAUCGAAUUGCGUGGAAGCCUAACGGAGAGAAGAUGCUACUGAAUCGUGUGGGAAUCACCGGGCUGACAGCGUGUUGCCUGGUGUUGCUUUUCCACUGUUUUGCUCUGACAGAUGCUGCUUAUACGUGUGGGACAAGGCAGUUCAGGUGUGGCAAUGGGAAAUGCAUCACCAGCCGGUGGGUGUGUGACGGAGGUGAUGACUGUGGUGACGGAACUGACGAGCUGCCAGCCACCUGUGAGGCUAAGACCUGCCUGCCCACUGAGUUUAGCUGUGGAGGCCCACUGAACAAGUGUAUCUCUGGAACAUGGCACUGUGAUGGCAAAGCUGACUGUGAAAAUGGAGCUGAUGAGAAGAGCUGUGCCGCAAAGAACUGCACCGCCGAUGAGUUCCGCUGCUCCAACGGCCAGUGCAUCUCCGUCUCCUUCGUGUGCGACAAGGACAACGACUGUUCCGAUAAUUCUGACGAGACUUCCUGUCCCACCGUCACCUGCAGUCCCAACGCCUUCCAGUGUAACAACUCAGUGUGUGUACCGCGUCUCUGGGCGUGCGACGGAGACGCCGAUUGUGCAGACGGUUCAGACGAGUGGCCCCAGAACUGUGCCGGGAGGGACACCAAACCGACAACAAAGCCUUGUGGGCCACAUGAGUUCCACUGUGGGAGUGGGGAGUGCAUCCAUAGGAGUUGGAGGUGUGAUGGAGGCAAGGACUGUCAGGAUAAUUCAGAUGAAACCAACUGCAGUCGGCCCACCUGCCAGCCAGAUGAGUUUCAGUGUAACGAUGGCUCCUGUAUCCAUGGUAGCCAUCAGUGUGACCGGCAGUUUGACUGCAGGGAUCUGAGCGAUGAGAUAGACUGCAAGAACGGGGAUGAGUGUGAGGGCCUGUAUAACUUCAGGUGUAAGAGUGGGAAGUGCAUCACCAUGGACAAGGUGUGCAACGGGCAGAAAGACUGCCGAGACAUGUCCGACGAACCUAUCAGCGAGUGUGGCAACAACGAGUGUUUGACCAAUAACGGCGGUUGCUCUCACACCUGUACUGACCUGAAGAUUGGCUUCAAUUGCUCCUGUCCUGCUGGGUACAGUCUGGCGAAGGACAACAAGAAAUGUGAAGACAUUGAUGAGUGUGCCGACCCAGACGCCUGCACCCAGAUCUGUGUGAACAUCCUGGGAAGUUACAAGUGUGAGUGUGAGGAGGGCUACGAACUGGACCCCAAGACCAAGACCUGCAAGGCUGCCACAGGUACUGUCCCCUACCUGUUGUUCACCAACCGCCACGAGGUGAGGAAGAUGACUGUAGACCGUAGAGAGUACGUCAGUGUCAUCCCUAGACUGAAGAACGUGGUGGCCCUCGACAUGGACAUGCCUGGACACAAGAUCUUCUGGUCUGACCUGUACCACAAGAAGAUCUACAGCGCCAACAUGACCUUGGCAGGGGACUCCUCCCACCACAGCGUGGUGAUUGACAGCCAGAUCGAGGCGCCGGAGGGUCUGGCCGUCGACUGGAUCCACGGUAACAUCUACUGGACGGACAGCAUGCUCCAGACCAUCUCUGUGGCAACCACGGACGGAACACGGCAAAAGACGCUGGUCAGUGAAGGACUAGAGAAACCAAGAAGCAUCGUGGUGGACCCAGCCAAGAACUUCAUGUACUGGACUGACUGGGGCAACGAGGCCAAGAUCGAGAAGAGUGGGCUGAACGGAGCCGACCGCGUUGCCUUGGUAACGGACAACAUCAUGUGGCCCAAUGGCAUCACUCUGGACAUGGUUAACCAGCGUCUGUACUGGGUGGACUCUAAGAUGCACACCCUCUCCAGCAUCGACGUCAACGGAGGAGGACGACACACACUCAUCUACAACGAGGACAAGCUGGCUCACCCCCUCUCUCUCACCGUCUUCGAGGAGAAAGUAUUCUGGACCGACAUGGGUGACAGAGUGGUCAUGAGCGCCAACCGCCUGACAGGAAAUGACAUCACUGUAUUGGCGGAGGACCUGGUACAGCCAGAGGACAUCAUUGUAUACCACAACCUCAAGCAGCCCAUCGGAAAGAACUGGUGCACAGAGAACAACUUUGUGAAUGGAGGUUGUGAGUUCCUGUGUCUGCCUGCUCCCCAGAUCAACCAACACUCCCCUAAAUACACCUGUGCCUGUCCUGAUCAUAUGACCCUGGGGACAGACAUGAGGAAGUGUGUGGCAGCUUCAACAACUACCGCUUCCCCCACCGCUCCCAAAACUGCGGCCCCCGUCCCUACCAGAGCCCCAACCAAACAGCCAGCUCGUCCCACUUCCACCACAACUACCACCACUACUACAACUACCUCCUCCGCCCCCCGGGCCCAGCCUCAGGGCCCUGACAGGUCCUCGGCCACUCACAGUCCACAGGAAACUGCUGUCACAGGUCAAAGUGGAUAUGUUGCCAUGCCCAAAGUAGCUGAGGCAUCACACCAUACUGCGCUCUACAUUGUCUUACCUAUCAUGAUGAUGAGCCUGAUGCUGUUUGGUGCAGUGAUGCUAUGGAGACACUGGAGGCUGAAGAACACCAACACCAUCCACUUUGACAACCCCGUGUACCAGAAGACCACCGAGGACGAGAUGCACAUCUGUAGAAACCACAGCCAGGACGGAUACACCUACCCACAGAGACAGAUGGUGAGCCUGGAAGAAGACCUGGCAUGACUAGUAGAUGAAGAAGAAGAAGUGGACAUGAAGAUUUCUAUUUAAAGAAAUGAAGAGAUUUUUAUAUGAAAAGAUGACAAACGAAAACGAUGGAGGUCAUUUUAACCCUAACGCUACUGCUGCUGACACGUCCUUUCCAAUCCCAUGAUGAUGACCUCAUCUCGAAUGACCUCAUUUCCUGGCUUCCUGUUCCGAAGAUUCCGUUCCGACCUCAACGCUGUGCCGCCAUCCAAGACGAAGAUGAAGGAAAAAAUAAACGAAAAAAAGAAGAAAAACUUGGUUGCCGUGUAAACCCAAAAACAAAAAUGUAUGGAAGAAGAAGAAACAUAGAAAUGGAAUCACACAAAAAAUGACUUGGUAGCGUUGUGGUUUCAAACAUGAGUGUGUGAGUGGACCACAACCCUGAAGAAAAAAACGUCUGGGGCCAUUUUGUCAAACAUCAGAAGGACUUGAAAAUGAAAGACACAGUAAAUGCACAGUUGGACUGUAGUCCUCCGUACUUUAAUAAUGUAAGAGCUCUUACCUAGGAGGCCUGGUCCCAAAUGUAUGUGUUUUCGGCUAACUCCUCGUCAGAGAGAAGUAUAAAUUGCUAAGCACAUAAAGUACAGAUUUGGUACCAGGCUAGGUCCUGGCCCUAGGCUCUUUGACACAUUGAAGUUUAGCCAAUGCAAAAUGACAACCAUCUAACACAGCUUCAACUUUGUUUGUUUUUGUUACAUAUCACUUAGCAGCUCUUUUGUAAAUGAGUGGACAUUUGGCUACUUACUGUAAAAUAGGCGACCUUUUGUUCUAAUGUUGCACAAGAUUGUGCAUAGCACUGUACAGAAGACGACCUACAUUUCCAACCCAUUUGAUUCUUGAGUUCAGUUUGAUCCCACUUCCGUUGUCAGCCUGACAAAAACUCAAGAAAACACAAUUUGCACGAUAUGAAGAAUGUGUUGAAGAUUGUGAGUUUAAAACAGGCUGCAGUCAAAUAGCUGUCUUGUCAUAUCUUUUGAACGUCACAAACGGUGGCUAGUGUGUAUGUUUAUGGUGUACUUGACAAUGGACAUUGAGACCUCUGGAUAGCCUUAUCAUCUGACAUUGCCACAUGCACGUGCCUAGUCACGUAGCACCAAACAUCACCACAUCCUAAAGUAGAGACUUUCCCAGGGGGGACAUUGAACUAUGGUGUGACACUAGUAAGAGUUAAAACGUGUGAGUUGUCAGCCCUACUCAGAGCUGAAACGUGUGAGUUGUCGCCCCUACUCAGAGCUGAAACCUGUGAGUUGUUGGCACUGCUCUGAGCUGAAACGUGUGAGUUGUUGGCACUACUCAGAGCUGAAACGUGUGAGUUGUCGGCACUACUCAAAGCUGAAACUUUUGAGUUGUCGGCACUACUCAAAGCUGAAACUUUUGAGUUGUCAGCACUACUCAAAGCUAAAACAUGUGAGCUGUCAUUGACUAAGAGUCUCUUUUCAUAUUUGUGCCUUUACCAUAAUCAACGCAAGCAUUUCUAUACUCUCUCCAGCAAUGUGUUUAAUGUCUAGUGACGUACAUGUUCUUACGGUAUGUGGUAUACAGUAUAAAGAAGAACCCAAAUGCCUUAUGACCUCCUUUCACUAUAGUCAACUAUAUCAAACAUGGCAGUUAUCUUGCCUUUGCACGUACAGCAGGCAUUCUGUCUCUUGGUAAAUAUGACCUUAUUGCCCCUGUGAACUGUUGCCUUACACAAGUUAGUGAGUUGAGUUGUCGCCUUAUUGCCUUCUAUCUGGUUACGGCUUUACACACCUUGUGCAUUUUCAAUAUAUUCCAAUUUGUGCAUCAACAAGUUACAUCCAAAUCAAUAAAUCGAUGAGCAUUGUUUGUUUUGUGGCCAAUUUUAAAGAUAGCUGAAGGCCAGUAGCUGAAGGCUAGUUGAAGGCCAGUAGUUGAAGGCUAGUUGAAGGCCAGUAGCUGAAGGAUAGUUGAAGGACCAGUAGCUGAAGGCUAGCUGAAGGCCAGUAGCUGAAGGCCAGUAGCUGAAGGCUAGUUGAAGGCCAGUAGCUGAAGACUAGCUGAAGGCCAGUAGCUGAAGGCUAGUUGAAGGCCAGUAGCUGAAGGCUAGUUGAAGGCCAGUAGCUGAAGGCUAGUUGAAGGCCAGUAGCUGAAGGCCAGUAGCUGAAGACUAGCUGAAGGCCAGUAGCUGAAGGCUAGCUGAAGGCUAGCUGAAGGCCAGUAGCUGAAGACUAGCUGAAGGCCAGUAGCUGAAGGCUAGCUGAAGACUAGCUGAAGGCUAGCUGAAGGCCAGUAGCUGAAGGCUAGCUGAAGACUAGCUGAAGGCCAGUAGCUGAAGGCUAGCUGAAGGCCAGUAGCUGAAAGCUAGCUGAAGACUAGCUGAAGGCCAGUAGCUGAAGGCUAGCUGAAGGCCAGUAGCUGAAGGCUAGCUGAAGACUAGCUGAAGGCCAGUAGCUGAAGGCUAGCUGAAGGCCAGUAGCUGAAGGCUAGUAGCUGAAGGCUAGCUGAAGACUAGCUGAAGGCCAGUAGCUGAAGGCUAGCUGAAGGCCAGUAGCUGAAAGCUAGCUGAAGGCUAGCUGAAGGCUAGCUGAAGACUAGCUGAAGGCCAUUAGUUACUUUAGAAAUGGUUUAUGUCUGUCUGCUGCUCACUGAGUUAAGCCAUGAAGAAAACACUCUUCAUUUUAUUUUCUAUUGCGGUGGAAAGCUGACUAAAUAAAUUAUGAUGUUAAAUGAUGUUGAAUGACAUCCUGGUAUGAUAUGACAAUACUAAUUAUUACUUUUGAUAAUAUGUAUAUAGUUUGUAUGUUGCUGUAAAUACUACAUCCCCAGUUCGCUGUGGUAUCACCCUGCUCAUUUUGUACAUUUUAAUGUGAAAAAUAUGUUGUACAUAUUACAGAUUUGUUUUAUUUAUUUCUAUAUAUACAUAUAUAAAUAUCUUGAUUGGAUGUUUUCUAUUCCCAAGCUCUAAUGUCUACUGUGAAUGGUUACACAGUUGUUAAUAUUGUCCCAUCAUCAUAACCAACCAACCAAUGUUCAUUAUCUUGAUUAAUGAUCCAUUGAAUCAUUAUCUUGGUUGUGUGAAUGGCUUCCUUGGACACCUGUAGGCUUAUGGGUCAUUGUCGUUAGCACACCUGUAACCUGUGGCCUAUGACCAGUGAUAGAGGAUGAUGCACAUUUACAGUAACACUACUAGUACUGAACAAUGGUGUAAAGUUCAGAUCCAUUAUAUAUAAAUAUAUCUAUGGUUCAGGUGAAGUUAAUGUUUGUUCUGUUAAAUUGUUCUGUUUUCAUUCAAAGCUGAUUGAAGAUGUUACAUUUUAUAGACUAAAUUGCUCUUGUUGUGCAGUGUCAUAUGACAUGAGUUAUGAUUAUGGUUAUCAGUUAUGGUUAUAAGUUAUGGUGUGUAAAGCACAAUGUUGUGUAUCACCCUAAGAUGUACGAGUCCACAGGACAGAGCACCAACUGCAGCUUGCCUGUUACAUGCAAAUUGCUCUUCUUGUUGAUUCUUAAUUUUCCUGUUCAGCGAAUCGAAUCUCAAAGUGACCAUUGUUUUGUUUGUGUUGUGUUUAUUUUGUUAAAUAAAAGAUAAAUCAUUAUGAA